CGGCGAAGGGGAAGGUCCGGGCCCGCAGUGCGCACCAGGGGUCGACGGGGCCGCCUGGCCGUCUCUCCUCAGCGCGCGCCCAGCCCGCGCCGCCCGCACUGCCUGUUCCAGAAGCGUCCGCGGCGCCAGGCUUCACCUGAGACCCUCCAGGACACCAGACCCCAUGGCUUCCUGCAAGGGCCCCUGGUGGCUGCUGCUAUGGAUGGUCUUCCCGCCCUCUGCUCGCCUGCAGGCCUCAGCGGAGACGUCUCCGGGAGCCUACUUCCUGCCCGAGUUUGCGCUCUCCCCGCAGGGAAGUUUUCUGGAAGACACCACAGGGGAGCGGUUCCUCACCUAUCGCUAUGACGACCAGACGUCAAGGAACACGCGUGCGGACGAAGACAAAGACGGCAACUGGGACGCGUGGGGCGAUUGGAGCGACUGCUCGCGGACGUGCGGCGGCGGAGCGUCCUACUCUCUGCGGAGGUGCCUGACCGGCAGGAAUUGUGAAGGGCAGAAUAUUCGAUACAGGACGUGCAGCAAUCAUGACUGUCCGGACGAUGCUGAGGACUUCCGGGCGCAGCAGUGCUCUGCCUACAACGACGUGCAGUAUCAGGGCCGCUACUACGAGUGGCUUCCGCGCUACAAUGACCCCGCUGCCCCCUGUGCGCUCAAGUGUCACGCCCGGGGCCAAAGCUUGGUCGUGGAGCUGGCCCCCAAGGUGCUGGAUGGAACACGCUGCCACACAGACUCCCUGGACAUGUGCAUCAGUGGCAUUUGCCAGGCGGUGGGCUGCGAUCGGCACCUGAGGAGCCACGCCAAGGAAGACAACUGCGGGGUCUGCGCCGGCGACGGCUCCACCUGCAGGCUGGUGCGGGGACAGUCCAAGUCGCACGUGUCUCCUGAAAAAAGGGAAGAGAACGUGAUCGCCGUUCCUUUGGGAAGUCGCAGUGUCAGAAUCACAGUAAAAGGGCCUGCCCAUCUCUUUAUUGAAUCCAAAACGCUCCAGGGAAACAAAGGGGAGCACAGCUUUAACAGCCCUGGAGUUUUCGUCAUAGAGAACACAACAGUCGAGUUCCAGAGAAGCUCGGAGAGACAGACCUUUAAGAUUCCUGGGCCCCUGAUGGCUGAUUUCAUCUUCAAGACCAGGUACACGGUGGCCAAGGACAGCGUGGUCCAGUUCUUCUUUUACCAGCCCAUCAGCCAUCAGUGGAGGCAGACCGACUUCUUCCCCUGCACCGUGACCUGCGGAGGAGGUUAUCAGCUUAAUUCGGCGGAGUGUGUGGAUACCCGCCUGAAGAGGGUGGUUCCUGACCAUUACUGCCAUUACUACCCUGAAAACGUGAAGCCCAAGCCCAAGCUGAAAGAGUGCAGCAUGGACCCUUGUCCAUCCAGUGACGGAUUUAAAGAGAUCAUGCCCUAUGACCACUUCCAGCCUCUCCCCCGCUGGGAACAUAACCCUUGGACGGCGUGUUCGGUGUCCUGUGGAGGCGGGAUUCAGCGGCGGAGCUUCGUCUGCGUGGAGGAGUCCAUGCACGGGGAGAUACUGCAGGUGGAGGAGUGGAAGUGCAUGUACGCCCCCAAGCCCAAGGUCAUGCAGGCCUGCAACCUCUUCGACUGCCCCAAGUGGGUCGCCAUGGACUGGUCUCAGUGCACCGUGACCUGUGGCCGCGGACUGCGAUACCGGGUCGUGCUGUGUAUCAACCACCGCGGACAGCACGUGGGCGGCUGCAACCCACAGCUGAAGCUGCACAUCAAGGAGGAGUGUAUCAUUCCCGUCCCGUGCUACAAACCCAAAGAAAAAAGUCCCGUGGAAGCUAAACUACCUUGGCUGAAACAAGCGCGUGAAUUAGAAGAGACGAGAAUAGCAACAGAAGAACCAACGUUCGUUCCGGAGCCCUGGUCCGCCUGCAGCACCACGUGUGGGCCGGGCCUUCAGGUCCGAGAGGUCAAGUGCCGCGUGCUGCUCACGUUCACACAGGCGGAGACGGAGCUGCCGGAGGAGGAGUGUGAGGGCCCCCGGCCGCCCGCGGAGCGGCCGUGCCUGCUCCAGGCCUGUGGGGACGGCCCCGCCGCCCUCCAGCCCGACGCCUCCCUCCCAGAGCCGGACAGCGAGAUGACUUACCACUGGGAGUACGCGGGGUUUACCCCUUGCACAGCGACGUGUUUGGGAGGCCGCCGAGAAGCCGUGGCGGUGUGCUUGCACAUCCAGACCCAGCAGACCGUCGACGACAGCCUGUGCGACGUGGCCCACCGUCCCCCGGCCAUGAGCCAGGCCUGUAACACAGAGCCCUGCCCGCCCAGGUGGCACACGGGCUCUUGGGGACCCUGCUCAGCUACCUGUGGCGUCGGGAUCCAGACCAGAGACGUGCACUGCCUGCACCCCGGGGAGCCCCCCACCCCCGCCGAGGAGUGUGGCGAGGAGAAGCCCCAUGCCUUGCAAGCCUGCAACCAGUUCGAUUGCCCGCCUAGUUGGCACAUUGAAGAAUGGCAGCAGUGUUCCCGGACGUGCGGUGGGGGAACUCAGAUCCGGAGGGUCACCUGUCGGCAGCUGUUGACAGACGGCAGCUUUCUGAACCUCUCAGACGCGUUAUGCCAGGGCGCCAAGGCCUCAUCUCACAAGUCCUGCGCCAGGACAGACUGCCCGCCUCACGUAGCCGUGGGGGAGUGGUCGAAGUGCUCGGUCAGUUGUGGCUCGGGAACCCAGCGAAGAAAGCAGAUGUGUCAAAGGCUGACGGCCAAGGGCCGGCGCGUCCCCCUCCCUGAGACCUUGUGCCGUGACCUUCCGGGGCCCCCUCUCGUGAGAGCGUGCCACAUGCCCGCGUGCAGCAAGAUGAAGACAAAGCCUGGUGGGCGGGGUCCUCAGAUCCUGGGUGUCCAGAGAGUCUACAUUCAGACGAGGGAAGAGAAGCGUAUUAACCUGACCGUUGGUAGCCGGGCCUAUCUGCUGCCCAACACCUCUGUGAUCAUUAAAUGCCCGGUGCGGCGGUUCCAGAAAUCGCUGAUCCAGUGGGAGAAGGACGGCCGCUGUCUGCAGAACUCCAAACGCCUGGGCAUCACCAAGUCGGGCUCCCUGAAGAUCCACAGCCUCGCGGCCCCCGACAGCGGUGCCUACCGCUGCGUCGCGGGCUCUGCCCAGGAGACUGUUGUCCUCAAGCUCAUUGGAACCGACAACCGGCUCAUCGCGCCCCCGGCCCUGGGCGAGCGCCCCCGGGAACUCCCGGGGAUGGACCCCAGCAAAGCCGACGGCUUGGGAGCCACGUGGCACAAAAUGAGGCAGAUGUGGAGUCACAAAAACGAGCUUUAUCGGGACGAUGGCCAAGUGAAUAACCAGCCUUUCCUCCGAGCGCUGCUGGGCCACUGCCGCAGUUCUGCGGGAAGCCCCGACACCUGGGAGUUGAGGAAUAAGCAGUUUGAAGCAGCUGUCAAACAGGGAGCCUAUAGCAUGGAUACGGCCCAGUUUGAUGAACUGAUAAGAAACAUGAGUCAGCUCAUGGAGACAGGGGAGGUCAGCGACGACGUUGCUUCCCAGGUGAUAUAUCAGCUGGUGGCUGAGUUAGCCAAGGCCCAGCCGGUGCACCUGCCGUGGAGGGCCACCCAGGAAGAGGUGCCCCCCGCGGCUCAGCUAAGAGGGGACACGGGACGUGAACCCCACAGCUCGAGUGUGAAAACCUCAGGCAAGCUGACCUUCAAGCCAAAGGGACCGGUUCUCAGGAGGCCAAGCCAGACCACCUCGAUUUCAUUUAAUAAAACGGUCAAUUCAAGGAUUGGAAGCACAGUGUACAUCACAAAAAAGACGGCGGUCAUAAAUAUUCUGUGUGAGCUCGUGACCCCCAGUGAGGUCACCUACACGUGGACCAAAGACGGAGCGCUGUUACAGCCCUCAGAGAAGAUAAUCGUGUCCGGAGCGGGGAGACUGCAGAUACGGAGCCCCACGGAGAAGGAACAAGGGCUGUAUGGGUGCUCGGUGGCGAACCGCCUGGGCUCCGACGCGGAGAGCUCUCCCGUGCUGCACGCAGAGGCGCCUGUCAUCUUGUUCCUGGAAAGAAACGUCACCAGAGUGGAGCGCGGCCCUCUGUCCGUCGUGGUUGGGGGCACCGUGAGGGCAGCCCUGGGCGCAAACGUGACCAUCCAGUGUCCUGUAAGAGGUGUCCCUCGGCCCACGGUAAGGUGGGUGAAGAGAGGGGGACCUCUGAGUGACAAUGUCUCUGGGCUCAUCAAUGGAUCCCUGUGGCUGCAGAACAUUUCCCUUGAAAACAAAGGAACCUACGUCUGCAGGGCCACCAACGCUCUCGGAAAGGCGACGGCAACAUCUGUCCUGCACCUCUUGGAGCCUUUUUGGAAGCUUGGGAACUGGACACCAUGUUCUGCCACCUGCGGCCGCGUGGGAGGCCGAGUUCAGCGACCCCAGUGUGUGAUGGCCAGUGGACAGGAAGUGAGCGCGGCCCUCUGCAGCCACCUCCAGAAGCCCCGCGCCGGGUUUCAGCCCUGCCACACCCGGGACUGCCCCGCGAGGUGGUUCACGAGCCCGUGGUCCGAGUGCUCUGUGUCCUGCGGGAGAGGAGUCCGCGUCCGGCGCGUGACGUGCAAACGCACAAAAGCCAGCGGCUCCGCGCGGGUGCUGCCGGCCGUCGCGUGUGACCCCCACGGCAGGCCUCUGGGGAGGAGACCGUGUUCCAGCCACCCCUGCGUCGUUGAACCGGGGGGCCAGUGUCCUGGACGCUGCCUGGGCCGCGCCGCGAAGAUACAGCAGCAUCUUGACGUCUGUCAGCACAACAGCUCGGACUCCAGCUGUGACGAAGGAAGGAGACCCACGCCUGGGAGGAACUGCUCGUCAGCGGCCUGUGGCGUGUGCUGGCACACCGGCCCCUGGAGGCCGUGCACAGCAGCCUGUGGCCGGGGCUUCCAGUCCCGGAGGGUGGACUGCGUCCACGCCAGGAGCUGCCGACCCGUGGCCGAGAGGCGCUGUCUGCCGAGGAAGAAACCGGCCUCCUGGCAGCACUGUGGGGGGCCUUCCUGUGACAGAAACUGCACAGACACAACUUACUACUGUACAUUUGUAAAGCAUCUUAACUUGUGCUCGCUGGACCUGUACAGACAAAGGUGCUGCCGGUCGUGCCACGCAGGACAAACCUCUGGAGGGGGCGGGACGCUGCUGUGAAGAUAGAGCAGAGACGUAGGAGCGCCUCCCGCCAUGGAGCUGGUUCGCAAAUGUGCAUUUCUUCAAAAACUCUAGGCCCUGCCGUCCCACCCAGGUCCAGGCACAGUCACCGCGGUUAAAAUUUGGUACUGUCAUUUUCCCAUGGCCGGUCUUUCAUUUCAAUUCUGUUCAGUGAUGUAUUCCAGGACUAGGCAAAACGCCCUAGCAGGCCCACCGUGGCACAUGCGACAGCAUCGUGUCCGUCUUGGCAGGCGGUCACCAAAGGCCACGUGUGCGACGUCACAUGCUGCUGCUUCCCGUGAGGUGUAGACUAGUGUCACGCAGGGCGUCCUGGAGAUGGGGGAACACCGCGACCGAUGGCUUCCUCCUCUCUCGACUCUCGACUCUUGACUCUUAGGGUUUCUGCGGGUUUAUAAGGCAUUUACAUUUUAGAAGCUCUGGCCGGUAGUUAGUUAUUCACACGUUGGCACUAAUGGGAUUUUUAUGGAUCCUUAAGCUUAGUCUGAGAAAGAGACGGUCACUGUGGACAGGCUUGUAACACUCACUGGUCCAAGGAUCAUAUGGGGAGGUCACCUCGUCCUUGCUCUUAAAGAACCUGCGGGCGAAAAGGGACGCUGUUGCUGCCGCUUGCACAACUCUGCACGCCCGCCGGCGGCCCAGCAAGACAUCUUGGAAAUCACAGCAGAGGGAAAGUUAACUUCUACUGAUUUUGAAGUAUAUUCGAUGGUGUAAGAGCUGUGAAUGAAACUUUUUCUGAGCGCUAUUGUCUUGCACACAAACAGAAAUUCAAAGCCGUAUCAGACCUAAUUUAUCAUCAAGUGGUAUUCCUAAGGAUUUUUAUUUUGGAGAAAUGAUAAGAAAGUAAUCUCAAUAUGAAACACGGUAGUUGAAAAAAAAUUGUUUAUGGUACAUCAUUGUUCUAAUUGGAAGUCAUUUUUCAUCACAUCCAAAGUGAAUUAGGGUGAGGCCGGAAGGUACUCUUAGGAGGGGGGUCGAGGUAGGCUUUGGCAGCUACGUCUAGGGCUCGUUUUUGAUUCA